AAUGAUAUCCUGGUCACUGCUUUGGAGGCCCUUAAUAAACUGCUCUGGGAUUUUGCAGUGCCUUUAGCUAAAAGGAGAGGCGGUGAGGCUGCUGCCAUCUUUAUAAAGCCCUGCUGGAGGCGUUACUUGGCUAGAACUGCCUACCUGUGCCACUACCGACGCAAACGGGCGGUUCAGAUUAUCUCAUUGUCAUGGCUGAUGCACGCUCAAAGAUGCCAAGUGAAGAGAGCCCUCCAGGCCAUGCGCUUCAGUCAGCUGGAGAAUUAUUGCAGAAGAGCAAAGCAUCUGGCAGCGAACUGGAAACACAUCCGGUCGUCCAAGAGGACUAUUAUCCACAUCCCUUCAUUAGGGUACCCAGAGAAACAGAGACAAAGCACAAAAAGAUUUGACGUCCUCCAAAAUAGCCAAAUUAGCAGGCUGUGUGAUCUUAGAGAUGAAAAUCUGGAAGCGUUCUACAUAUGUCCCAUUCAUUUAGGAGAAGACAUCUUGGAGUAUUAUUCAAGUGUUCUGAAAUGCAACAUUGCUAAUACCGUGACCAGCCAGGCCUUAUCCCAUAACAGGUUUAUUAUUCUAAUACCCGAGGCUGUGGAUCUGUUCUAUACCCACAACAUGUGUCUGUUUAUGCUGCUAAAGUACAGUCUAUGCACCCUGAAGCGUAUCAAACACCUAAUUUGGGGGGAGCAGACCUACAUAGUGGGUUUAGUCGGACAUGUAGAUAACCUGUCUGUUGCUGAUGAGCUGGAUGUGUCGAUUUUGGGUCCAGAACCAGCUAUAUCACAAUUCCACAGCACCAAAUCUGGAGGAAGAGGGAUAUUAUCUGUGACAGGGGUUGAUGUAUCCCCUGGACAGCGAGAUUUAUACUCACUUAACCUGCUUCAUGAAACAUUAACUGAACUUAUGAGUCUAAAUAUCAAUAUGAAGCACUGGUUCUUUAAGAUCAAUGAGUCAGUUCUGCCCAUAUAUUUAAAUAAGAUCCCAGAAUCGCUGGCCCAUUAUGCCAAACAGGCUAAAACUUCCAGUUUCCUCAUGAGGUUAAGCCCCCUGCAUACCUUCCUCAGAAGGAGUGGUGGAGGCAAACCCCCUUCAGAGAGUGUCGCCCAUCUAAUAGUUGAUAUGCUUCUGGAGCGGGGUGAGGUAACCAUGCUGUCCUGUGGAAACCAGCUCCACGGCUCCUGUCAUCUGGACGAUGUGGGAUCUGCCGUUCCUCAGACCUCUGUACACCCAGAGAUCUUGCAAGCCAUUUGCAUGUGUGUGGCUCAGGCUUGCCAGCAGCACUUUAUCAUGGGUUAUAUAUCCAUUGCUCUAGUUACCUUUGAAGACCAUAGCACCAUGAAGCAUAAGGUAUGGGCUUUUGAUCUGGACAUUGCAUACAGUGAUCAGGUUGCCAUGACCCAGAUGUUAGUAUUGGUGACUGGAGGAAUGUUAAAUUGGCACACAUGCUGUUUAGAAGUGCCAGUGGCCGUAAAAGGGAAAUGCUCUGAACACCAGGCUGUAGCACAGCAAAAGCAAGGAACUGUUUUUGCUCUUUAUGACAGCAGUGAGCGAUGCACCAUUGGAAUGAUAGCAGUCUCUGAGGAUCUCCAGGGAGCUCUGGUGACCUUUGCUCGCAAUUUGUCAGUCAUUCAUCAGGAAAUAUCAUCCCCUAUAAAGCAAGGAGAAACCAAUUUCAAGGAGCUGAUCAGAAAUAUAGAGGAAUUUCUACAGAUGAUAACAAAGAACAGAAACCAACAGAAGGAUAAGCCUGCUGUUUAG